AUGGCUGAAGGACUUAAAGUAGAUCCUGCGAUUGAACGUUGGGCUCAUCUUCGAGAAAAUACACAUCUUUACUUUGGUUGGAAUAAAAGAACUACAAGACAAACUUUAUUGUGGUGUCUUGCUGUUCCCGUUGGUCUUACUAUUUUGGCUUACAGCACAGAUCGUAAAUGGAAUUUCGCUGCUGCCCAGACUUCUGAAGACUUAACACCUAAAAAGAAUUAA